AUGAUUGUUGAAGAGCAAUCCUCCCUCAUAGACCACAUUGAAAGUUUUCCACAUUUAUGGGACAAGAAAAAUGCCAUGUACAGUGAUAUUAUUGCUAAAGAAAACGCAUGGAAAACCAUUUCCAAUAUUAUGGAAAAGACUGUAAAAGAAUGCAAGGAUUCUUGGGACUUUUUAAGAUCCAAAUACAUACGAGAAAGGAGAGUAAUCAAGAACAUCCCAUCGGGGACACGAGGCAACAUUAAGAUCUCUGGAGAAUCCCAAUCUCAACAAAUUUCACCGAAAAUUAGAAAAGCUCCAUUCUACAAUUUUAAUAACACAUCUGGAAUGUUUGAGGUCGAAGAAGAGGAUGAUGACUGCACUCAGAUUCAAUUGGAGGAACUGGAAGUCAUCCCAGAAACACCUUUAGAUGAGGGAGACAUAUCUCAAGACCUCACUCAAGACUCGCCUUCGUUGCUUUCGGGUCCUGCUGCCAAAACCUCCAAAAUACCAGAAAAAGUUAUACCUAGAACUUCAGCUUCAUUGACCCAAUAAAAAAAAAACAAAAAAUGAAAGUUUUUCGACACAGCCAGAGAGCAAAAAAAAAAAAAACAGAUGAAUCUGUGGCAACCUUGAUAAAUACAUGCACAAGUAUUGGAAACAAAAUUCAAAAUAUAAUGGAUGAUAGCCGUCCCUCGAAUGUUCCAAACCAAUCAAACCUCUCUAGAGGUGACCACAAUUUUCUACUAAGCAUGUUAGAGUCAAUGCAGGAAUUACCAAAUACUACAAAACUGAGGUUGAAGGCAACAUUUCUCGUCCAAAUUGCCGAGGAGAUUGAAAAGUUGACUGGAUCCAAAAGCGCUAAUCCCCAGUAAAAUUAAUACACACUUGAUAAAGUAGUAUUAAUUUUAGUAAAAUCUAGUCCUUAAUUUGACUUUCAGAGUUUAUCAAUGAAACUCAAGGUAACAGUAGAGCCAAAAUAAAUUGAAACCACAUAAUUAAAAACUGGAUAUUAUUUUGCAGCUCUCCAGCUUAUUCCAAGCUGUCAUUAAGUUUUAUUGAUAAACUUGGCAUAACUCUCUAUUUUUGUUAAUUAGUUUGUAGUAUAGUAGUUUUCUCCAAGAGUAGAAUUUUCUUUAAAAAAAAUUACUUUCCUUUUAUAAGAAGCAAUAUUUUUUAUUUACAUUGUAUUAAUAAUAUUUCUUUUGUUUGUUUAUUUUGUAGGCCUGUAGUAUUUACCAUUCAAGUUCUCAAAAGCGAGUCACCUCUGAGCUCCGGGUUGGUUUUAACUCCAUGGUAAGCGUGUCUAGUUGCUAUGUUUACCCUGGAGUUAUGCUUAACCCAGGGGUGACUUGCUAUUGAGAAACCGGC